AUGUUCUCAGCUGCGAGCCAUCCGGCGGACUCCAUUCGUACCCAUUCCUAUCACCAUGACCGACGCAUGAGCCACUCCGGCGAGCAUCCGCAGUAUGGUCUUCCACAGAGGCCAUCGGUAGAAUUGCCGCGUCCUCUGGAGCCUAGGCCCUCUUACCAGAUGCCCUCUCCACUGCCAGAAGGACCAGGACACCAAAGGAGGCCCGAUGCCUUCCGGGGACCGCCGCCAGGCCAAAGCGAACACCGGCCACAAGGACAGAAGCUGCCUCGUCUACAGGACAUUCUAACUUCAGCCUCACCCGGACCAUCGCAGGCUCCAUAUCCUCCCAAUGUGUGGAAUGGUCCUCCUCCAACUCAGCAUAGCGGAGAGGCCUACUACGGUCGGAGUCAAGCUGCUUGGCAUCCUCCGCUUGCACCGCCUCCGGCCACCAAUGGACAUACAUUCCAUUCCCAUCAGAACCGCCGUAUCGAGCUACCGAUAUUGGAGACUAACCCUUCCAAACGACACGAUAGUCAGGUUCCCUCGCCCCCAUAUGCAAGCUAUCCGGAGCAUCCUAUGGAAUAUCAUGAUCCACGGCGGGAACAAGCACGACAGCCCACGACAGGUCCAGGUCCAUAUUUGAUGAACGGCGUGCCCAGUCCGUACAACACCGGUGCUGCAGACGAAUCGCAGUAUCGAAGCCCUCCUGGCUCAUUGGACCGGGUCGAUAACCACAACGGACCCGCUGGACCCGAGUCAUCAAAGAAGUAUAUUGGUGUGAGAGAGGUGCCGGGCGAAGGAGCUUUCCACCUCUACGAAGGUGGCUUCCGCAUCCCAACACAUGUCGACGGCGAAACCGUCAACCCUGCUUGGGGACUGACAAAGGCCAACAAGCCUCGUAAGCGGCUCGCAAUGGCAUGUCUAGACUGCCGAGAGAAGAAGAUCAAAUGCGAGCCGGGUGCCGCGAGCUGCCUACAAUGUGAAAAGGCAAAGAGAGUUUGUCGAAAGGCGCCGACCCAUCAGUCCCAAUCAGAAACGAGCGGAACUCCAAUUUGGCCGAGCGGCGCUGAUUCUCCCACCCAUAAGAGUGCAACAGGAUCGACAUCUCCGCACAUGGUCUCUGAAGGCGUACACAAGCGGCGGACAAUGGAUGGUUCUUCUCCCUCCUCAGCUCCCGCCAAGAAGCACCGAUCUGCCUCUCCAUUGUCUGCAAAUCAUGGCGCCGUGCAGUCUCCGGAGAACGGCCACAAAAGUACGCCAAACGCGGCUCGGCCAUCAGCCAGGGUGUUGUGCUGGGAAGAAGACCCAUACUUGGUGGAUCCCGAAGCGACCAUGCAUCUCCUGAACUACUACUUUGCAGAAGUCAAUGAUGCGACUUAUUGUAUAUUUCCAAAGCAUCACUUCAUGAACUGGCUUAGAGCAAGUCCCGAAAAGUGCCAGAGYGAGCGCAUGGUUCUUUAUGCAAUGCUGGCCGUGGGUUCCAUCUUUGCCGACGACGUUCAAUAUUCCGGAUUUGCGGAGCGCUGUGUGAUUAUAGCCGGAGAGGCUAUACAGGCCAAGAUAGGACGUUUCAGCAUGUGUGUUGUGCAGACUCGACUGCUACUGGGGCUGUACCAUUUUGCAAAGGGUGCUAACGGGGUGGAAUGGGACUACAUCGGAUCCGGCAUCCAAGCCGCACUCUACCUGAGAUAUCACACCGAACAGGGCUGUGCGGAGAGCGACGGCAACGUGCGAAGUCGCCACGAGUUCAAUCUCUCUUCAGAGCAGGUGAUUGAAUGCAAGCGCCGGACGUUUUGGUCAGGCUUUCUCAUGGAUCGCUAUUGUGGCCCAAAUUCAAGCAGCAUCAAUCCCCAGGAUGUCUUCCUUCGACUUCCAUGCUUCGAGGAGACCUAUGAACGUGGCUACCAGUCCGAUGCGCCUCACUACAACAACGGAACCAUCGAUCCACUGAAGGCAUCACUUACGGCAACUAGCGCAAUCUCGCCAAUGGGUUGGCUAAUUCUGGUCGCCGCGAUUUGGGGCGAUGUAUCGAAUUUCAUCUAUCGCGCCGUACACCGUUCGCCGGUAGCGUAUGCAGAUGAGUACGAGAGGUUUUACGAGAACACCGGAGCAGCGCUGCACAAUUGGUCCUCACGCCUACCAGACCAACUACAGUUCUCCCAGGCCAAUGUAGAGCGCAGCAUUCAGGGAGGGUAUGCAGGACCGUUCAUCUCGAUGCACGUCCUGUAUCAUCUUGCCUGGGUGAAGAUGAACCGAUUUGUGAGGCAUUCGCUCAUCCCACGGUCACUCGCGCGCAACGUGCGAGCUUCACAUAAGCACUCACACGACCUGCUCCAAGUGAUGAAUACUCUUCGCGCAGCAAAGUGGGAUAUGAUGGACAGAGAUGGCCACGGUGCCUCUUUUUCGUUCACAACACCGUUCGCUGGAUAUGCCAUCCUCGCUGCAAUCGACGUAGUCGGGGCUGGUGGCUUGGACUCCCAUCUCAGAUCCACUUUGGACCUCAUCAGUUGUGGUCUGGAAUCAUUGAGGGAGCUGGCUCGGUACUGGAACAGCGCCCGUGACCAAGACAAAGCCUGCGAGACACGCUACUAUCAGAUUCAAAACGUCCUCAAGCAUCCGUUCACAGCACGGAGCGGUUGUUGGCUUGGACGAGAGUGGGGUGUGCACUCGUCCCUGGAGCAGGAAUUUGCAGAAGCAGACGACUGCAUCUACGGUGCGGACGAUCGCAGCUUCUUUGAUGCGCUUCGAGAAGAUCCGCAGAACAGGAGUCCGGGCAGUGAUUCACGUGGCUUGUGA